AUGGCGGCGCGCAUGGAAUUCACGGAUAGGGGCCAAAAGGCCGUGGAGGAUGCCAUGGCCUUGGCCGAGCAAUAUGCUCAUGCCCAGCUUCUUCCCGUUCACCUCGCAGUCUCUCUCCUCGACCCUCCGCCAGACCCGUCCAAGGAUCAGCAAAACGCCGUCCCUGGGGCUUCCACCACAAUCUUGGCUCCCUCUUUCCACGCAGUGCUCAAGAAGGCCCAGGACCUCCAGAAGCUCCAAAAGGACACUUACAUAGGCGUGGACCACCUCUUGGUGGCUCUUUCCGAAGACCACAACAUCCAGACAGCUCUAAAGGAGAGCAAUAUCCCCAAGCCCAAGCUCGUUGCGGAUGCAGUUCGGGAAAUACGGGGCACCAAGAGAGUAGAUUCCAAGACAGCAGAUACCGAGGAGGAGCAUGAAAACCUUGCCAAAUUCACCAUUGACAUGACCGCAAUGGCCAAGGACAAGAAGAUCGACCCCGUCAUCGGAAGAGAGGAGGAGAUCCGCAGGGUCGUCCGUAUUCUCAGUCGCCGGACGAAGAACAACCCUGUCCUCAUCGGAGAACCUGGUGUCGGUAAGACAACCGUCGUCGAAGGCUUAGCGCAGCGCAUCGCGAACCGUGAUGUGCCCGACAACCUCAAGCACUGCAAGCUCUUGUCCCUCGAUGUCGGUGCCCUCGUUGCAGGUAGCAAGUACCGAGGUGAAUUCGAGGAACGCAUGAAGGGCGUUUUGAAGGAAAUUGAGUCCUCCAAGGAAACCAUUGUGCUCUUCGUCGACGAAAUCCAUCUUCUCAUGGGGGCUGGCUCAUCUGGCGAAGGCGGCAUGGACGCAGCCAAUUUGUUGAAGCCCAUGCUCGCCCGCGGUCAGCUUCAUUGUAUCGGCGCCACUACACUCGCCGAGUACCGCAAGUACGUCGAGAAGGACGCCGCGUUCGAGCGACGUUUCCAGCAGGUGCUUGUCAAGGAGCCCACCGUACCCGAGACCAUUUCCAUCCUUCGAGGCCUCAAGGAGCGAUACGACCGUCACCACCGCGUCACCAUUCUCGACUCCGCCCUUGUAGCGUCGGCCAACCUCGCGGCUAGGUACCUCACCACACGACGCCUUCCCGAUUCGGCCAUUGAUCUAGUGGAUGAGGCCGCGGCUGCCGUCCGGGUUGCCCGCGAGUCACAGCCCGAAAUCAUUGACUCACUGGAACGUAAGCUGAGGCAACUGCUUAUCGAAAUCAAGGCUCUCGAGAAAGAAAAGGAUGAGGCAUCGCAAGUUCGUCUCGCCCAGGCUCGUAAGGACGCCAAGAACGUCGAGGAGGAGCUAGCUCCUCUGAAAGAAAAGUACGAUAGCGAGAUCAAGCGCGGCGAGGAAAUUCACUUGGCCAAGGUCAAGCUAGACGAGUAUAUCAAACGACUCGAGGAUGCCGAGAAUGAGGCAGACCACGCACGGGCAGCCGAUCUCAAGUAUGGCGCUAUUCCCGAGCAAAGGAUGCUCAUCAAGAACCUCGAAGCCAAGAAGGCGGCCGCAGAUGCGUCGUUGAGCCUGAACCCCGACAAUGCCGAGGGCCCUAUGGUAACGGACGUGGUCACAGUUGAUAACAUCAAUGAAAUCGUGGCGCGGUGGACUGGCAUUCCGGUUACGAGGCUGAAGACGACGGAAAAGGACAAGCUCGUGCACAUGGAGAGGGAGCUUGGCAAGAUUGUGGUGGGACAGAAGGAGGCGGUCCAGUCGGUGGCCAACGCCAUUCGCCUGCAGCGAUCCGGGCUUAGCAACCCCAACCAGCCGCCCAGCUUCCUCUUCUGCGGCCCGUCAGGCACGGGUAAAACACUGCUCACCAAGGCGCUCGCCGAAUUCCUCUUUGACGACCCCAAGGCUAUGAUCCGGUUUGACAUGUCGGAGUACCAAGAGCGCCACGCCCUGAGCCGUCUCAUCGGAGCCCCUCCCGGCUAUGUCGGUCACGAUGCGGGUGGCCAACUUACCGAGGCGCUGCGGCGCAAGCCCUUCUCCAUUCUCCUGUUCGACGAGGUAGAGAAGGCGGCCAAGGAAAUUCUUACCGUCCUCCUUCAACUCAUGGAUGACGGUCGCAUCACCGACGGCCAAGGUCGUGUCAUAGACGCCAAGAACUGCAUCGUGGUCAUGACAUCCAACCUUGGCGCCGAGUACCUGACAAGGUCGACGAACCGCAGCCGCAAGAUUGAUGCAACCACGCGGGAGCUCGUGAUGAAUUCGCUCCGAAACUAUUUCCUCCCCGAGUUCCUCAACCGCAUCAGCUCCACCGUCAUUUUCAACCGGCUUAGCCGGAGCGAGAUCCGCAAGAUUGUCGACCUGCGCAUCAGCGAGGUGCAGCACCGCCUCGACAACAACAACCGCAAAGUCACCAUCGACGUGGAUGAGGAAACCAAAGAUUUCUUGGCCAGCGCGGGCUAUUCCCCAGCAUACGGCGCCCGUCCUCUGGCCCGGCUCAUCGAGAAGGAAGUUCUCAAUAAGCUGGCCAUCCACAUCCUUCGCGGAACCAUCAAAGAUGGCGAGACGGCGCAGGUGCGCAUGGACAAUGGUAAAAUCGUUGUGAACGCGAACCACAGAGAAACGAGCCUAGAGCCCGACUACGACGAGAUGACAGACGAUGAAGAGGACGCGCUAGACGAGGUGAUGGGAGACGAUAGCGAGAUGGCAGAGGACAUUUAUGAUUAA